GUCAUAACUGUGUCAAUAAUUGAGCACAGAGAAGUAAACUACUCAAUCGAUUACAAACAAAAUUCAAGACUAUUCCAAGCUCAAAGUUACAAAAAAAUACCAUCACUUUAUGUGGAAACAGCUAAGGGAGUGUACUAUAGCACUAUGUAUGUGAUAUUUGUGAAACUGUUUCAGGUAACAAGGACGGAGUACAAUUAUGAUGUUUCUCCUAGCUAGGAACCAGCUUUGUCAAGUGAUACUCCAUUCAAAAAUAGUUUGCACAUUGGAGUAUAAUCCAGAUUCCAGAAUAUCAAUCAUGAACGGGAGUCGGAGUGAGGAAGGCGAAGGCAUCUCAAGACACCCAAGCAUCAAUGUGCAAGGGCAGGAAGACAAACGCAUCCAAUUCUUGGAAAGAAAGCUAUCGGAGUCCCCGAAAGCACUCAGCGAAUCGGCCGGCAGAAGCGAGUGCUGCAUUUUCCGGGUACAUCCGGGCUUCACCAAAGUCGACGUCCGGUUGUAUCAACCGCGCAUAGUCUCAAUUGGUCCAUACCACCACGGGAAGCCGCAUCUGAAGACGAUACAGGAGCAUAAGUGGAGGUUUUUGGCGAGAGUGAUAAAGAGGACGACCGAGGCCAAAGGUGUGGGUUUGAAGCAGUACAUAGAAGCUGUCAAAGGAUUGGAAGCAGAGGCCAGAUUAUCCUAUUCUGAGGAUAUAACUCUCAAAGACAAUGAAUUUGUAGAGAUGUUGGUCCUUGAUGGGUGCUUCGUGGUUGAAAUGUUUCGAGCAUUCACUGGGGUGAUUCCCUUUGAGAAAGACGAUCCAUUCGGAUCAAUGCAGUGGAUACGUUUCAGCCUCCGGGACGACUUCCUCUGCCUUGAGAACCAAAUACCAUUUCAGGUGCUCGAGAAAUUGUUCACACUGACCAAAAUGGACGGCGAAAAGAUUCCCGUUCUAUUUCUGGGAGAAAAUCCCGACAGUAAUUUGUCCCUGAUCGCCCUCCACUUCUUCAACACUUCAGGUGCAUUCGCAAGAAAGCCUGAAGUGCUCGAGGCAUUUUUAGGAGACGGGUUGAAGGGGCAACAUCUACUUGAUAUCCUCCGGAGAAGUUAUUUCCCGCCGGGUUCCGGUGGGCAAAGGAAAUCGGGACCCGAGCCCGGAUGCUUCCGCCGGAAACACAGGAAAUUAAAAGCGGACCUCAACAUCCACUGCAUCUCGGGAGGACGUUCAUUUGGCCGAGUUGUGGGACACAUACUUCAGCUCCCCUUGGUCCAUCCUGUCUCUCUUAGUUGCCCUUAUUCUCCUAAUUUUCACCGGCGCCCAGACCUUUUACACCAUUUAUCCUUAUUAUCGUCCAAGACCAGCAAAAUAGGACUAAACCCACUAGUUUCUAUUUGGAGAAUAAAAGAUAAGGAUUCUUAUUUAUGUGUUGCUUGGAGUGAUUUUUUUAACCUAUGGACUUGUUUGACUAUCCACGGUUAGCGGUUAAAGAAAAUAUAAGAAUUGAAAUAUUAUUCACUCAAUAC